AUGAGGUAUUUUCUUGGUUUAGAAGUAUUGCAGCAGGACAAUGGAAUUUUUCUCUAUCAACAAAAGUAUGCUCGUGAAGUCUUAGAGAGGUUUCAAAUGGCUGACUGCAAUUCAAUACACAAUCCCAUUGUUCCAGGCACAAAGUUAAUGAAAGAUCUGAUGGGAGAGCUAGUGGAUGAUACUUUCUAUAAACAACUAGUGGGCAGCUUGAUGUAUUUAACCUCCACCAGGGGAGGGAACCUCCAGCUUGUGGGAUAUUCUGACAGUGAUUAUGCAGGAGAUGUUGAAGAUCGCAAAAGCACUUCAAGUUUUCUGUAUUUAUUAAGUUCAGGGGCUGUGUCUUGGUCCUCUCACAAGCAACUUGUUGUCACGUUGUCCACUACGGAAGUAGAAUUUGUUGCAGCAGCUUCUUGCGCAUGUUAG